CUUGUCUACUCAAGAAAAAACACGUCCAAUUCCACAAGACAAACUUACCUACAUGGCUACAAUCAUUUUAUGGAACAAACAAAGGCGAAACAAAAGUUCAAUGGGAGUCACAUGACAAAGGACACGCUGAAUCCAUUUCCAAUGUGCCACCUCACCAACUUCCCUUUCCUAAUUCUGUUUAAAAACAAUCUAUUUUUAUCAACUCCACAAAAAAACCAAAAACUAAACAAAUUUCAACAAGAAAGAAAAAAAAUGAAAAUCCAAACCUCAUUGCCAAUGCCAAUGGUGGCCUAAGGAGAAACAAAGAAGGAACCACCAUUCCCAAUUUGCAUCUCCUUCCGUCAACAAUGGCUGAAGAAUUUUCAAAAGCGGUUGAAGAAGGAAUCAAAUUAUCAAAAAGAAUAUAUUUCGGAAAUGACAGAGCAGUUUCACCACCAAAACCACCAACAACAAUGGUGAAAUCGAAUACUGGUUUUUUACCAACAUCACCUAUGGUUUAUGCGGUUAUUCAUGAUCCUUCUAUUGUUGAUAAUCCUGAUAUACCUAGCUAUCAACCGCACGUCCAUGGAAGGUGUGAUCCUCCUGCGCUUAUUCCGUUACAAAUGAUUAAUGUUGUUGAUUGUAAGGUUGAUUGUUAUUUGGAUAGUGCUUUUGUUGAGGUUGUUGGUUCUUGGAGGCUUCAUUGUGUUUCUGGGAGUAGGUCUUGUGAUUGUGUUGUUGCUGUUCCUAUGGGUUCUCAGGGUUCAAUUCUAGGUGUGGAGGUCAGUGUUCAUAGGAAAUCAUAUUCUACUCAACUGGUUGAUAUGGAAUACAAAACUGGUGGCAAGGAGAAUGUGCCGACUCAAGAAGGAGGCUUUCUCAAGCCGAAUAUGUUUACUUUGACUAUACCACAGAUAGAUGGAGGUUCAAAUUUAUCAAUUAAACUUAAUUGGUCUCAAAAGAUAAUAUGCGGCAAUGAUGUGUUCUCCUUAAAUGUGCCAUUUAACUUUCCCGAUUUCGUCAACCCUGCUGGGAAAAGAAUGUCUAAAAAAGAAAAGAUACUGAUAAACGUGAAUGCUGCUACCGGUAGUGAGGUUACAUGCAAGACAUCAAGUCAUCCAAUGAAGGAAGUAAAGCGCAAUGCUGGAAGCAAAAGUUUCUCGAAUGAAACUGAUGUUCUCUCGUGGUCAAAAUUUGAUAUUAAUUUCUCAUAUGCUGUAUCUUCAAGUCAAAUAAAUGGUGGUUUUUUCUUGGAAUCUGCAUCUGUGGAUGAUGUUGACCAGAGAGAGACGUUUUGCAUGUACCUUUCUUCUGGAAAUCUUCAGAAUACGAAGGUAUUCAGAAAAGACAUUGUGUUCGUUAUUGACAUAAGUGGAAGCAUGCGAGGAAAGUUAAUCGAAGACAUAAAGAAAGCAUUAUCAGCUGCUCUCUAUAAGCUUGAUCCUGGUGAUUCAUUUAGUAUCAUAGCAUUUAAUGGAGAGAUAUAUCAGUUUUCAACUUCAAUGGAAAUGGCUUCGACGGAUGCUGUUGAUAGGGCCAUUGAAUGGAUCAACAUAAACUUUGUUGCUGGAGGUGAUACAAAUCUUUUGCGUCCAUUGAACAUGGCAAUAGAGAUGCUAUCGAAUGCCCGAAGUUCAGUUCCAAUUAUUUUCCUAGUUACAGAUGGAACUGUUGAAGAUGAGAGACAAACUUGUGAUAUGAUAAAGAAUAGGAUCACAGGAGAAUCAAUGUUCCCCCGAAUUUAUACUUUUGGCAUAGGUUCAUUCUGCAAUCAAUAUUUCUUGAAGAUGCUUGCUAUGAUUAGUAAGGGUCAACAUGUUGCCGCAUUAGAUGUAGAUUUGGUCGAGCCUCAAAUGCGAAAACUUUUUGGCAAAGCUUCGUCUCUUGUUCUUGCAAAUAUUACAAUAGACGUAUUGGAUGAUCUUGAUGAAUUUGAGGUGUACCCUUCACAUAUUCCCGAUCUUUCGUCAGAUGGUCCAUUGACUUUAUCUGGAAAAUACAAGGGAAACUUUCCAGAAGUUCUUAAAGUAAAAGGUAUCUUGGCCGAUUUCAGUAACUUCGAAAUAAAUUUGGAGUUACAAAGUGCUAAGGACAUGCCUGUAGAAAGGGUUUUUGCAAGAGAACAAAUAGAGUAUCUUACUGCUCAAGCAUGGCUUACUUCAAGUAAAGAAAUAGAACAGAAGGUUUCAAAAUUGAGCUUACAAACCGGCUUUUUGUCCGAGUAUACACGUAUGGCAGUUCUUGAGAUUGACCGUGUAGUGAAAGCCAAGCAAUCAGCCAAGCAAUCAGAUGGAAAAAAGGUAUCAAAAAAGAAAAAAGGUGAAGAUGUCCAAGGAGAGAGACUGCUUUUGCUUCCAAAAACAGGUAUAGGAUUUGGCAACUUGGCUGCAACUGUUGAGAACAUUCCACCAGGAGCUGUAGAAACAUUGCCUGAUAGUGCUGAAAUGUUUGCUAAGGCUGCCUCAGAUUGUUGUAGCAGGUGCCUCAACCUUUGCUGUUGCAUGUGUUGCAUAAAAUGCUGUAUCAAAAUAAACAACCAAUGUGCAACUGUAUUUUCUCAGCUUUGUAUUGGUUUAGGAUGUUACAGUUGCCUCAGCUGUUGUUCAGAUAUAUGCUGUUCUGGAGAUGACACAUGAAAUAUAAAAAAUUUGUUGUAUCAAUAGAAAUAAUUGUUUUUGAGGAUGAAAUCAUGAAAAUGUAUAUCCUUAAUUCAUCUGUUUCAUUUUAUAGUUCAGUUUUUUUCUUAUCUCCAGAAUCAUGGAAAUGUAUUAGAUUUUCCAAGAGUUUUAGGCCAGCAUAUUAAAUUUUCAAUAGGAAGUAAAAAAGAAACAUCAUUUUCUUUUUGCAAUGAUCUUUGCUUAUUUUAUAUUUUUGUAUUUUAUAUUGUGGAAUUUAGUGGAAUAUAUUUUUAUAUGAGAAACUCCCGUGAAAUAUAUUGUUAUAUAGAGAA